AUUAAGUUGAUAAGGAAAAAGAUCUUGAACUCGAGUAAGCAGCAGCCCACGUGAGGUCCCCAGAUCCCUUCCACCGCAGAAGUUCAGAACCACCGCGGUAGAGAGCGAGCGGAGAUUCGCCAUGGCGGAGAAGAAGCUUCUCGCCUCCAUCGCCUUCGUCGUCGUCGUCCUAUUCUCAUUCUCCGUCCUCUUCUCCAGCGAUCUCCGAUCCCCCUUAUCCUCCUUCGCCUCGUCCUUCUCUUCCCCCCGCUGCGCCGGCGGCUGGGAACGGACUCCGCCGCUCAAUGUCUACAUGUACGACCUCCCGCCUCGAUUCCACAUCAAGAUGCUCGGGGGUGGAGCCGGAGAUCGGGGCGGAGGGUUCCCGCGGUGGCCGCGCACGUCGGGGCUCAAGAGGCAGCACAGCGUGGAGUACUGGAUGAUGGCGUCGCUUGUGCCCGGCGGGAGCGCGGGCGGGCGCGCCGAGGCGGUUAGGGUUUCUGAUGGGGAGGCUGCGGAUGUGUUCUUUGUGCCCUUCUUCUCGUCGCUUAGUUUCAACACUCAUGGGCAUAAUAUGACCGAUCCGGACACGGAAAUUGAUCGACAACUACAGAUUGACCUCCUAGAUAUUUUAAAGAAAUCCAAAUACUGGGAACGCUCAGGGGGUCGUGACCAUGUAAUUCCUAUGCAUCAUCCAAAUGCUUUCAGAUUUUUGCGGGAUCAGGUCAAUGCAUCCAUUCUGGUAGUUGCAGAUUUUGGACGAUAUCCCAGGAAUUUAUCUUCCCUUAGCAAAGAUGUCGUUGCACCUUAUGUGCAUGUUGUGGAUUCUUUUCUCGAUGAUGAUCUUCCUGAUCCAUUUGAAUCUCGUCCUACUCUUCUUUUCUUUCGAGGAAGAACUGUUAGGAAAGAUGAAGGAAUUGUUCGGUCCAAAUUGAAAAAGAUUCUCAAAGGCUAUGACGAUGUGCACUAUGAAAAUAGCAUGGCCUCUGGAGAAGGAAUAAAAGCAUCCUCCAAAGGCAUGCGGUCAUCCAAAUUUUGCCUGCACCCUGCCGGCGAUACUCCCUCUUCGUGCCGUUUGUUCGAUGCCAUUGUAAGUCACUGCGUCCCUGUAAUCGUCAGUGAUCGGAUUGAGCUCCCGUUCGAGGAUGAGAUUGAUUACAGUGAAUUCUCUCUUUUCUUCUCUGUGGAAGAAGCCCUUCGGCCUGGUUACAUGGUCAAUCAACUCCGCAACAUCCAGAAGGAUAAAUGGAUGGAUAUGUGGAAAAAGUUGAAGAGCAUCACCCGCCACUAUGAGUUCCAGUACCCCACAAAAAGCGAAGAUGCUGUGAACAUGAUAUGGCGGCAGGUGCGUUAUAAACUUCCUGCGGCCAACCUCGCGGUGCAUCGGAGCAGGAGGUUGAAGAUCCCUGAUUGGUGGAAUCAAAGAAGACGAUAGCGACAGUUUUUUUUUCCCUCUUGCUUAUCUUUCAGUUGGCCAAGCUAUGGAUUUGGUAUAUGUUCAUAUGGGUCUCAACCACUCCCCUUGGCGCGAGAGCAGGAUGUGAAUUGCAAGUGAGAAAUCCAUGAUGUGAAGUCGUUAUCGAUGAAAGAUCUUAUUGCAAGUAUUUAAAACUAUGUUCAUGACGGUUACAAUUAUUUCUUUUCCCCAUGUAAGAAUGAAACAGAUUAGCUACUGUGUUCAUUUUAUAUCAAUAACAUAAUUUUAUGAUGGAGUUA